AUGGUUCAGGCUUGGCUCACCUCCUACCAUGGCUCGCCUGACGUCAUCAUGGUGGAUGCUGACGCUUCUGGUGCUUCUCCCGGCGCUCGCCACGUCAGCUUUCGCGGCGGAAACUUCUGGCGAAGCUGCUACGGAACCCAAACCGGAUCCUCCGCCAUUCACUCCUCCCUUUUCGGUAAGAGCACGGAUGCUCUUUACCCGCGAGUUCUUGGGAAUGAGUUCGUCGUGCCUCAGUCAUUCCUCUACCCCAUGUUCGGCCCUCCUCACGCUGACGGUCCUGGUGGUCCUGGGGGUCCCUGGGGCCCCGGCGGUCCUGGCGGUCCCGGCGGUCCCUGGGGCCCCGGCGGCCCUGGUGGUCCUGGUGGUCCCGACGGUCCCGGUGGUCCUUGGGGCCCCGACGGUCCUGGUGGUCCCGGCGGUCCCGGCGGUCCUGAUGGUCCCGGUGGUCCUUGGGGGCCCGGCCGUCCCGGCGGUCCUGACGGGCCUGACGGCCCUCCUCACGAUCCCUUCGACGGCCCAUUCUUCCGUCCCGACAGGCUUGACGGGUCCGACAGGCCCUCGCGGCCCGACCACCCCGACAGGCCCUCGCGGCCCGACCACCCUGACAGGCCCUCGCGGCCCGACUGGCCGCACAAUUCCCCGCGCGAUCUUUUAGACGGCCCAUUCUUUCAUCCCAGCAUGUCUGACGGACCUGACAGGCCCUCUCGGCCUGACCACAGGCCCUCCCGACCCGACCACAGGCCCUCCCGGCCCGACUGGCCGCACAAUUCCCCGCGCGAUCCUCUCGCCGACUCACUUUCUCGAUCCAGCACGCUUGACGGGUCCGAUAGGCCCUCCCGGCCCGACCACAGGCCCUCCCGACCCGACCACCCCGACAGGCCCUCCCGGCCCGACUGGCCGCACGGAUCUCCGCGCGAUCCUUUCGCUUCCGCCGACCCCGCAGACGAGUCCCGCCGGGGCGGAUUUUUCGCCUCUUUCGGCCCGCAUCCCCCAUUCGGCCCGCAUCCCCCCUUUGGUCCGCAUCCCCCGUUUGGUCCGCACUCGCACCCGCACCCGCACCCGCCGUUUCCGCCGCCUCCCCCUCCCCCGGGCGCGAUUCAGCUGACGUUUGAGCUGCUGGCGGCCGUGGGGCGCGCGAUGGGGGUGUUUGCGACGUCGAGGAUGGACAGGACGAGCUGCGGAGCGUGCGUCACAGGGGGGACUAAGCAGCUCGUAGAGGCACUCUCCUCCGACAUUGCUACCACCAUCUGCACCGAAGAUGCUGCUGCUGCAGCGGACCCUCCGCACCGCCACUUCUGCCGCCUCUUCGCCAACCUCACAACAGCUUCAGCCAUCGGCAUUCUCGACAAGAUCCACAUCAACCCGCUCUCCAUAGCUGUAACAGGCUGCAUCAGCAAUGGGCCCUGCAUGCCCAAACCUCAUCCUCCCGAAGCGAAUCCCGAGCCUGCUGCUGCCGAAUCUGAGGAUCUGGUCGAAGAGCAAGCUGUUGCCGAGCCUGGUUCCGAGGCUGAUACCGUUGAGGUGCUUGCUUCGGACGACGCACCUGUGAAGAUUCGCGUCGCAACGCCCUCACGCCGUCUCUUGGGGGUUGACCAUGCGCGUAUGGACGUGGACAUGGGAGGCAUGCACAUGGCCAUGAACAGCAUCGGCAUGCUGAUGUCAUCGUCCGUGCCGGAACCUUCCUCAUAUGCUUCCGCUGGUGCAGCCGCUGGCGCAGCAGCUGGAGGAAACGGAGCAGCGGAGGAAGGAGAAGGAGGAGAAACCUGCGAUACGUGCAUCAUCGAGGGGUUUCAUCUGAUCGAAGACUCAGUUCGCGCGCGGAUCAAGUGGAUAUGCAGCCAUGCAGAGGACGAGCACGCGCCCCCGCACAUCAGGGCUCUCUGCAAGUUUAUCCACCAGUACCCGUACCUCGCUAUGGUCAUCUCCGUUAUCCACAUCAAGCCGUGGGAGAAGGUGGUUCCGGCGUGCUUCCACAUGGGCGCGUGCAGGCCUCCCCACCCUCCCCCUCAUCCUCCUCAUCCUCCCCAUGGGCCCUGCCCGCCUGGGGAAGACUGCCCCCCUCCCCCUUGCCCCCCUGGGGAAGACUGUCCCCCUCCCCCCUGUCCGCCUGGCGAAGAUUGCCCCCCUCCCCCUUGCGCCCAUACUCCCCUCCCCAACAAUGCCGUCCCUCUCCCCAUCCUCUCCACUCUCGAUCUUAAUAUCUUCCGGCCCCCUCCGCCCUUCCCUCCUCCCUUCCCUCCUCCCUUCCCUCCUCCCUUCGCCUCUCCCUUCGCUCCUCCCUUCGCCCCUCCCUUCUCCCCUCCCAACCGCCCUCCUUUCCCUCCUCACCCAUCCGGCCCUCCCCCCCCAUGCUCCCUCUUUCGCUUCCUCCGUGGCGUUGGUAGCUUCCUGGCCCGCUUCCUCGGUUUCCCUCCCCCCCCUCCGCCGCCCUGCAUAGCAUAG